AUGAAUUUGGUACAUUUUAAUUUAUUUAAAAUAAUUUUUUUGUUUUAUAUAAUUUUUAAUUUUUUAUUUUGUUUUAACACUGUAGAAUCGUACAAAUUUCAUCAUGCUAAUCAUCACUAUUUGAAUAAUAAUUGUUUAAAUUUUAACACACUUUUAAAAGUAUCCGAUACUCGGAAGAAUCCUUUCAAUUAUCGCGACACAUUCUCUAAUGAUUUUAACUUGUACAAUAUAAAUUCCGAAAAUGAAAAUAUUUUAAAUAAACAAGACCAAAAUCCAGUCCAGAGGACUGAUUUAAAAGGGAAAAAGUUGACAAUAGUUUGUAACUGGAAGUGUUAUUUGAACACUAAAUUAUCGAACGAAAUGAUAAAUUUGUAUGGAAGUCUUAAAUUUCCAGAGAAUAUAGAGGUUAUCACUUCACCUUCCUCAAUCCAUUUGGCUUCAAUGGUCUCACAAUAUAAAGGAUUUGGAAGCAGGUGUAAACCCUGUAGUCAAAACGUUAGUCAUUACUCUAAAAGUUUUGGACCAUAUACCGGAGAGAUAACAGCAGGAAUGCUAAAGGAUUUGGGCGUAAACUGGACGAUUGUGGGUCACAGCGAGUGUGAAACACCCGGGAACCACAGCGAUAAAAACAAUGAAGCUAUAAAUAGGAAGGUUGUAAAUGCGUUGAAUUCAGGGCUCAAUGUAAUUUUAUGUAUUGGGGAACCUAAAGGAUUUAAUUCAGAUUUGUCAAGUUAUCUCUCCAAACAAUUGGAGGAAUUUUUGAAAGAUGUAAAUUUAACCGGGGAACAAAGACUAGUAGUGGCAUAUGAGCCAUACUACUCAAUAGGGACGGAUAAACCGGCAGACCCGGAAUUAGUGAAUAAAGUGAUAGAAGAUUUGAAAAAAUCACUGGGAGAUAAAGUCAAAGGAGUUAAAUUUAUCUACGGAGGCUCAGUUAAUGAAGAAAAUGCACAUCGGUAUAUCAAAAAGAGGAAUAUCGAUGGAAUCAUGGUUGGAAGGGUUGCACAUAAUGAAAAGUUCGUGGAAAUAAUUGAAAAUUUUGUAAAAUUGACUACUUUGGCAUAG